GGAAAAGCCUGAGAGCAAGCGAGCAGUAGCUUACUUCCUCGAUCGACGGAAUCACAGAAAGAGUAACCAAAGGGAAGACAAGAAGAAGAAAAGUCACGAAACAAGAAAUAAUCCACACGUUUGCAAGACGAGGUAAAUUAACGGAAAAUGACUUUCGGUCAUUCGGCCAAUUGAGAAAAACAAAGAUAUGUUUGUAACUUUUUUCGGUGUUGUUGCGUUUUGCAAAGUAGUUUGAGAAGUUUUUCAGGAUUGAUUAUUGUAUGCUUAAAUAGCCUUUAUACUUUUUACUUGUAGUUGCGCUUGCGCGAAAAGCGUAUUAACGUUAGUAUUUCGGGUACUAGUUUACAACUGUAAUGUUAUCUGUUGAUUGUGGCGGGCACUGAUAUGCGCCACAUUCCACGUAAAAAUUGCACAGUAGUCUACAGUUUCAUGAUGUGCAAGAGACGAAUGAAUCCUUGAAGAGAACGUUGGCAGUGACGAAUACUUCAAAUAAUUCUAAACUGUAAACGCCGGGGUCUUGUUAUGAGCAGACUGUCAACGAGUUUAAUUAUAUAAAGCCAGACUUUUCUCAAUUAUGAGACAUCAAGAAACCAUUAUUGUUCAUUUGUGGGAAAAGAGUGAUGAUACUGUACAUAAUAGCCCACCUAGCUUCCAAAGCGCUCUGGGGUUUCUCAAGAUCAUGACAUUUCCGUGGGUUCGUUGUGACAAUGCACUGGGCACACACUGGUUGUGUCAACGUUGUUUCCACGUCCUUUUCAUGAAAUUACGUUAAACCAACAUGGAAUAGACGUUGAAUUGACGUCUGUGCCCAGUUGGAAUGCAUUGAUGGAGAAACCGUUUUAAAGGCUUCCACUUAUCCACACUGUUCAGUUUAUUUCCCAGUUACUUGACAUUUCAUGACCAGUUCUGCAUGUUUGUUGUUGGCUAAUAACUGGGUUUAAAAAAAGAAAGGUACUUGACUGUCAAACUUUGGCCCCCAGGGCCCUUUUGUAUGCAACUUUGCCUGCUAAGGAAAUGCCCCAUUCAUGUUGCGUUGCAUUGCAUUGUGAGUCACCACUGUGCCUAAUCAUAAUGCCAACUGAAUUUGGUGAACCACAUCCACAUCCAACUCACAGUGCACAGAUGAAGCAAGAAUAAGACAUGAUCUCUGCACACCCAGCUGUUGACCAACUUGAACUGAUCAGAUGAUGAUGUUGAAGACACUGAUCUCAUUCUCCUCAAAAGGAAGUGUGUGUAUGUGUGUGUGUGUGUGUGUACCGGCGCAUGGAGUAAAAUGACCCUUUAAUUUCCUAUUCCAAAGUGUCCCGCUAUAAAGACUGGACUGAUCAUUGUGUUGCAUCCUCCAUCACAUAGAGUGAUCAGCUUUAUCCAUACGCUACACUUUCAUUGCCUGGAGUACAGCCCAUUGUGUUUGUGUGUGUGUGUGUUUAUUUGCGCUGCUCAACGAUCAGAAUAUCAUACCUACACUGGAACAUUGUUCAGCUCACUAGCUGCAUGGCUUCGGCUGUGAUUGCACUGGAGAUGUUAUGUCAUAGAGUAACAGGCUGAAUAGUGGUCACUUUGAAUGGCCCAUUAGAGUUUGAGUUAUGAGUCUGUGUUAGAAGGCUUGUAGUCAUUACCGCUCGCUCUCCGUUCAUCCAUCUCUCCCUCUCUCCCUUCCUCUCACUCUCUCUGUUACAUCAUAAGUAUUUGUUGUCGCCCGUUGGUUUGGUAACAGACUUCAACUUUAUAGAUAAAGUUGCACUAUAGAUAGUACAGUACACGACUGGCCAAGUAGCCCCGGGUUAUGAAGGAGGAGAUUAGAGUCCAGGUCCUCUACAGUCUACUACAGGUCAUGCCUCCUGCAUUGUCUACUAGAAGUGGUCUGCUGAGAAAGAAAGACCAUGACUGCCAUAGACAGUAGGGGCUUUUCCAGGACUGCUGUCUCACUAGUGCGUGUGUGUGUGUCAGAGGGGUUGAAUGUGCUUCUUUAUGCUUGCACGUGUGUGUUGGUCUCUCUCAGCUAUUAUAAGAGUGUUUGUCUCUGUGUAUGGUGUGUGUGCUUUCAUGUCUACUUGCAUGAGUCUGCCAUUGUUGCGUUGUUUGAUCUCCACAGGGUGAUGAUGUUACGAUGCUUCACUUCCCUGUCCAGAUCUUUAUUCUCUACAUAAAAGUUUGGACUAACACACAGUGUCACACUCCACCCACACAUGCGCGCGCACACGCAAGCACACACACACACACACACUAUUAGUGUUCGGUUUAAAGCUGGAAUCCGCAUUGGGUAAACCGUGCCACUGGUCGCCCCAGGCGCAUUUGUUACUGUUUUUGUUUUAUUUAUGGAAGGAGGAGAGGAGCAUCCAGCAUAUUGGUAAAAAAAAGGAAUAUAAACUCUGCUGUUCUACCACAUGUGCAAUGAUGUCAAAUGGGGAAAAAACAGUCUUUGUUGUUGUGAUAUCGCAAACGGACAUGGCAGUUUCACUGCUAAGGAUUAAAGCUUUAAGACCCAGGUGAUUUGAUAGCAUGUGUAAUGUUUAUUUAGCUCAGUUUCGUUGAGUGCUGUGAUAGAAUAAUCUACAGCCUUGUAAACACACCUGGCUACCCAUGGCAACUGACUAGUAACUAACACGUUUCCAGUCUGCGCUAGUCAUUUACUAGAAAUCUCUGCCACAGUUUGACAGGCUAAGGAUAGCCAGUGUACUGUAACACAGCUGUGUGAUGUCAUUGUCUGAGGUGCUGUCAGUCAGCUGUCUGUGAGUCAGAACGGGAUGAUGUGUGAACGCAUGACUGCAAGGGACAAUAUGCAUACGUUUAUUCAGCUGCUCUACUGUAAAACACAGUUGCUGUGAUUCACUAGAUUGUCAUACUAUAAACAAACAAAGUAUUUGGAGAGGGAGGUGGACAGUGGACACAGGCGAUGGGAGAGGAGGAAGAAAGAAAGAGAUAUGGAAAGGAGGGGAAGGGAGUAUGAGCUCACAGCCAUAACCUCGUCCCCAGGCUCAUCGCAUACAGAGCGAGAGAGAGAGAACCGGCUGGUGGACAAGAUUAUAGUGCUGAGCAAUUAACCGAAAUGUCAGUUAUUUUUCAUGUUUUAAACAACUAAUUGACCAACCUCUGUAAAAUUAUUUGAAUUCCAUUUCGUUAGUUUUUUUAAUGUGAGCUCAUUGUGCAUAUUGGGCUGCAGUUUCUCUAGAGAUAAAUCAGAUCAUGCCAGAACUGUGCGAUAUUGUAGUGAGUUGGUUUCCAACAGGCCAAUGUUUUACGAUAUGCAACUUUUCAGGGAAGUUAGGAACCAAUAUACACAAGCAGUCAGGAAAGCAAAGGCUAACUUUUUCAAACAGAAAUUUGCAUCCUGUAGCACUAACUCCAAAAAGUUUUGGGACACUGUAAAGUCCAUGGAGAAUAAGAGCACUUCCUCCCAGCUGCCCACUGCACUGAGGCUAGGAAACACUAUCACCACCGAUAAAUCUACAAUAAUCGAGAAUUUCAACAAGCAUUUUGCUACAGCUGGCCAUGCUUUCCAUCUGGCUACCACUAACCCGGCCACCAACUCUGCACCCUCUGCUGCAACUUGCCCAUGCCCCCCCCGCUUCUCCUUCACACAAAUUCAGACAGCUGAUGUUUUGAAAGCGCUGCAAAAUCUGGACCCCUACAAAUCAGCUGGGCUAGACAAUCUGGACCCUUUCUUUCUAAAACUAGCCGCCGAAAUUGUCGCUACCCCUAUUACUAGUCUGUUCAACCUCUCUUUCAUAACGUCUGAGAUCCCCAGAGAUUGGAAAGCUGCCGCGGUCAUCCCCCUCUUCAAAGGGGGUGACACUCUAGAUCCAAAUUGCUACAGACCUAUAUCCAUCCUGCCCUGCCUUUCGAAAGUAUUCGAAAGCCAAGUUAACAAACAGAUAAUCGACCAUUUCGAAUACCACCGUACCUUCUCCGCUAUGCAAUCCGGUUUCCGAGCUGGUCACGGGUGCACUUCAGCCACGCUCAAGGUCCUAAACAAUAUUAUAACCGCGACAGUACUGUGCAGCCGUCUUCAUCGACCUGGCCAAGGCUUUCGACUCUGUCAACCACCGCAUUCUUAUUGGCAGACUAAAUAGCCUUGGUUUCUCAAAUGACUGCCUCGCCUGGUUCACCAACUACUUCUCAGAUAGAGUUCAGUGUGUCAAAUCGGAGGGCCUGUUGUCUGGACCUAUGGCAGUCUCUAUGGGGGUGCCACAGGGCUCAAUUCUUGGGCCGACACUUUUCUCCGUGUAUAUCAAUGAUGUCGCUCUUGCUGCUGGUGACUCUCAGAUCCACCUCUACGCAGACGACACCAUUUUGUAUACAUCUGGCCCUUCAUUGGACACUGUGUUAACAAACCUCCAAAUGAGCUUCAAUGCCAUACAACAAUCCUUCAGUAGCCUCCAACUGCUCUUAAACACUAGUAAAACUAAAUGCAUGCUUUUCAAUCGAACGCUGCUGGCACCCGCCCACCCGACUAGAAUCACCACUCUCGACGGGUCUGACCUAGAGUAUGUGGACAACUACAAAUACCUAGGUGUCUGGUUAGACUGUAAACUCAACUUCCAGACUCACAUAAAGAAUCUCCAAUCCAAAGUUAAAUCUAGAAUCGGCUUCCUAUUUCGCAACAAAGCCUCCUUCACUCAUGCUGCCAAACAUGCCCUCGUAAAACUGACUAUCCUACCGAUCCUUGACUUCGGCGAUGUCAUUUACAAAAUAGCCUCCAACACUCUACUCAGCAAAUUGGAUGUAGUCUAUCACAGUGCCAUCCGUUUUGUCUCCAAAGCCCCAUACACUACCCACCACUGUGACCUGUACGCUCUUGUUGGCUGGUCCUCACUACAUGUUUGUCGUCAAACCCACUGGCUCCAGGCCAUCUAUAAAUCACUGCUAGGCAAAUCCCCGCCUUAUCUUAGCUCAUUGGUCACCAUAGCAGCACCCACCCGUAGUCUGCGCUCCAGCAGGUAUAUCUCACUGGUCAUUCCCAAAGCCAACACCUCCUUUGGCCGCCAUUCCUUCCAGUUCUCUGCUGCCAAUGACUGGAACGAAUUGCAAAAAUCUCUGAAGCUGGAGACUCUUAUCUCCCUCAAUAACUUUAAGCAUCAGUUGUCAGAGCACCUUACCGAUCACUGCACCUGUACACAGCCCAUCUGAAAUUAGCCCACCCAACUACCUCAUCCCUAUAUUGUUAUUUAUUUUGCUCUUUUGCACCCCAGUAUCUCUAUUUGCACAUAAUCUCUUGCACAUCUAGCAUUCCAGUGUUAAUACUAUUGUAAUUAUUCUGCACUAUAGCCUAUUUAUUGCCUUACCUCCAUAACUUGCUACAUUUGCACACACUGUAUAUAUAUUUUCUGUUGUAUUUCUGACUUUAUGUUUUUUACCCCAUAUGUAACUCUGUGUUGUUUUUUUUUAUUGCACUACUAUGCUUUAUCUUGGCCAGGUCGCAGUUGUAAAUGAGAACCUGUUCUCAACUGGCUUACCUGGUUAAAUAAAGGUUAAAUAAAAAAUAAAUAAAUAAAUUACAUAGUUUAGAGCAGAAAACGUGAUGAUUAACUACAAUGACCAUAAUCCAUUGCGCUGCUACUUGUACUUGUUUCUUUAACUCCUGCUACGGAAGAGACAGAAGAAUGUGCGAUCAAGAGGGGAUACAUAGCAGAGCAGUUUACACAUACACGUACACCCAGCAGCAUCAGUCACAUGUUACCAAUGUACAGAGCAGUUUCUUCGUGAGGUAUCUCUUCCUGAAAAUACAUUAUCUAAGUGAUUGAUAGUUGGUAUUCAGCAGUCAUAAAAGUAUGCCUUAUUUACUUUGAAGAACUAAUAAAAUAGUGAUUUUGUCAGACUGCAUAGGCAGCAGCUCUAUAGAGAGGAGAUGAUAACUUGGAAUGAAAUAAUAAAGUCAGCAAAUAAAACAAAUGUAAUAUACACAACAACUGAAAUAUUUUAUUAAAAUAAAGGUAUGUCAAUAACUGAUGGUUAAUAAGUGAUAAGCAAUCAUGGGCAAUCACUACCAUCAUGGGACUUUUAUUAAUUGUUUUAUUGUGUGUUGUUACAGCAUUCAACCCACAUAAUGCAUAGUGCAUUUAAUGUUGAAAAUAAUUAUCAAACCAAAGUCGAAAAUCAUAAUUAUUUUUUAUAAUCGAACCGAAACCAAACCGACCUCAAAAAGCGCUAAUGGCUCAGCACUACAAGAUUAGCUCACAUGCUAUGAUCUGAUGGGUAAACAAUCUCAAUCUCUGUGGUUGCCUGGUAACACAGGCACACACACACACACACAGUUUAUUAUUAAUCAACACCCGGAAUCAUCACAGCUCAAAGCUUGAACACAUCGACUCCUACUUUAGUACACUCUGUCUGUCAUUGUCCCGCCUCUUUUCUGUCCUCUCUUAUUUUUUCUCUUUUUUCUUUCCUUGUUUUUGCCGUCAUUGUCUUCUGACAUAUCUUUGAUGUGUACAGUGUCUUGCGAAAGUAUUCACCCCCCUGGGCAUUUUUCCUAUUUUGUUGCCUUUCAACCUGGAAUUAAAAUGGAUUUUUUAGGGGUUUGUAUCAUUUGAUUUACACAACAUGCCUACCACUUUGAAGAUGCAAAAUAUUUUUUAUUGUGAAACAAACAAGAAAUAAGACCAAAAAACUGAAAACUUGAGCGUGCAUAACUAUUAACCCCCCAAAGGCAAUACUUUGUAGAGCCACCUUUUGCAGCAAUUACUGCUGCAAGUCUCUUGGGGUAUGUCUCUAUAAGCUUGGCACAUCUAGCCACUGGGAUUUUUGCCCAUUCUUCAAGGCAAAACUGCUCCAGCUCCUUCAAGUUAAUGGUGCUCCGUGGGAUGUUCAAAGUUUCUGAUAUUUUUUUAUAACCCAACCCUGAUCUGUACUUCUCCACAACUUUGUCCCUGACCUGUUUGGAGAGCUCCUUGGUCUUCAUGGUGCUGCUUGCUUGGUGGUGCCCCUUGCUUAGUGGUGUUGCAGACUCUGGGGCCUUUCAGAACAGGUGUAUAUAUACUGAGAUCAUGAUCAAAUAGGAAAAACGCCAAGGGGGAUGAAUACUUUUGCAAGGCACUGUAUGGGUGGUGGUGUAGAGCUGGGGAACAGAAACACAGGUAUGUUGUUGAGGAGCCCUCUUUAGACUUUGGAUUUGCUGAGACUUGCUCCAUCCCAGGAUGCAGGGAAAUACCUUCACUACCAGAGCUACAGUACACUCAGAGAGAAUCACAGAGAUCACACAUACACACAAACAUUCUUCAACACCUGUUACUAUAAUUUCACACCAUACACACAUUCUCACUGACAAAAUUAUAAAUGAAGCUGUUCUUGACAGAAGUGCUUAAAUGCCAUUCUUUCUGUGUUCCUACUGUAGCCUAUGUGUGUGAUGGUUUGGAUUUGGGUUCUUCUAAUGUGAGAUUGAACCGUCAGAGUUUAAGUUUAUCCGUUGGUUUACAGUGUCAGUAAAGUUAAAGUCACAUGUGGAUGUGAGAAGGGCGUUGUUUCUCAGCUCUGUUUCUCAUUAGUUGGUUUAGGAAAGGAUCUCAGGCCUAUAUCACAGAAAGAGUUUCUGUUUGUUAAGGUGACUCAUAAAGUAUCUUUCUUUCUCUACACACCCAUACUCUCUCUCGCUCUUAUUCACUCACUCACUCACUUACACACACACACACACACACUCUCUCUCACCUACACUCUCACACACACACACACACACACACACACACUCACACAUACGCACACACAUAUACGCACUCACACACAUAGUGGCUGGUUGCACCACAGGUGGCUGGUUGCACCUUAAUUGGGGAGGACAGGCUCAUAGGAAUAGCUGGAAUGGAAUUAAUGGAAUGGUAUCAAACACGUGGUUGAUACCAUUCCAUUGACUCCAUUCCAGCCAUUAUUAUGUGCCGUCUGCUAAAUGACGAAAAUGUAAAUGUAAUAUGGAUACAUAUCACAGAGGGGUACUUUAGGCUUUGCUUAUACUUUAAAAAUGAAACAAUGAAUGAAACAAUUAUCCACAUUAGUAGCAUGUGACUGGUGCUGGUGGAUAUGUGUAUGCAUGCGCAUGCCUGCGUGCGUGUGUUCAUGUGUGUAUACCUCUCAUCACAGAUGGUGAUGUUACUGAAUCACGGCUGGCAAGUGCUUAUGAACAGGAGGCUGAGUGACGGACAUGUCACUACAAAUAUGUUGCCGUGGUUACAUUCUGCUUGGCCAUGUCUUUGAACAGGUGGCCCAGUGACACGUCACCAUGGCGCCCUUCUUGCGGAUCGCCUUCAACUCCUACGACCUGGGUGUGCUGUCUCCGCUGGCCCCUUCUGAUCCCCCCUUCUGUGCCAUCAAGAUGAAGGAGGCCCUCACCACUGGUGAGAAUUGGACUAUUACUGUAGUUAUUAGUGUGUUAUAGUAGGACUAUUUUUGUCCCAUAGUCACAUUGUAACCUUGUCAUUAAAUACUUUAUGUCCUAUGAAAGUCUUGCAUGAGGACCAGUGUGGUACAGAUAUGCAAAUGUUUUGAUUGUUACACAAGAGUAUGAAAAAUCAGUCUCUAUCUAACCUCUCUUUUUAACCUCAAUCUAACCUCUCUCUCCUUCCCCCUCUUUACCUCUCUCCCUCCUUCUCUCUAGAGCGUGGUAAGACCCUGGUUCAGAGGAAGCCCACCAUGUUCCCAGCCUGGAAGGCCAGCUUCGACGCCCACAUCUACGAGGGGCGUGUCCUGCAGGUGCUGCUGAUGAAGACUGCUGAGGAGCCAUUGGCCGAGGUCACAGUGGGUGUGUCCGUCCUUGCAGAACGCUGCAAAAAGGCCAACGGCCGUGCUGAAUUUUGGGUAAGAGGGUCUGUGGCUGCAGUCUGAUUCUCUACCAUCCUGCCUGAAUUAUGUGUCUAACUUACAUAUGAUUGUUUGUGUUCAGGUGGACCUGCAGCCCUCAGGGAAGGUGAUGAUGGCAGUGCAGUUCUUCUUGGAGGGAGCAACUGAUACAGGUGAGAGUCAGGAGACAACGCCCAACUCUCUUCUUCUCAUCCUCCACUUUACCCUUCCUACCUGGCCUGUUUUUAAUGUAUCUUUUAUAUGUGAUGUUUGUCACGCUGAAGCCUUCUGUCUGUUCCCUUGGUUCUCAUCUGUUCACUGCACUUACUUCUUGAAUACAGACAGAGCAAGAGGGAACAGAGCAGACUGCACAGCACACACAUUCUUGCAGUCAUGUACAGGUCUUGUAUAUGAAUCCCUGUCAGUGGGUUUUCUAAACAUAGUUCUCUAACUGGCUUCUCUACAAGGUUUUGCCUGUUUUCUCAUACCAACAGUGGACCAAGCACUCCAAAUGUUGUCACUCCUGUUCCUAUCGCUAUAAUAAUGUUUCUAAACCGUAGCGCUCCACUGACGCUUCUCUCCCUGUCACCCAUAGAGGGCAAGCUGCCCACGAAGGAGGAGGAAGGGGGGCCCACCAUAAACCGCAGACGAGGAGCCAUCAAACAGGCCAAGAUCCACGAGGUCAAAUGUCACGAGUUCAUCGCCACCUUCUUCAGACAGCCAACCUUCUGCUCCGUCUGCAGAGAGUUUGUCUGGUCAGUUAUUCAGUCUGUCCAGCCAUCUGUCUCUAUGGCUCUUUACUCCUAGCUCUAUUAUCUGUUAGCUUUAUGCUAACAGAAGUGAUUCAAUAUUUACAAGUUUUAUUAUCAGUUCCACUCAUCUAAUUUAAGUGGCAACGUCUUGGUCGGUCUACUUUAUACUGAGAGACUGAGUGGGGAGAUGAGAUUAGACGAUGUCUAAGUAAUCUCCUCCUAUCUAUCUAACUUUAGACCUAGGGUUGGUGGCUCAGGAUGCGGGUCAGAAGUCCUGUAUUGUGUGGAAAUACCAGCACAAGACUUAUCAACAUUUAGCAGUGUAUUUGCAAAAUCAGCACAGCUUCCACUACUAGUCAUUUAUUUUCAAGUGCUGUAGUGUGUUGUGUUCUACUAGAAUAGGUGGUGUCUCUAGAGACGGUGGCAGAGUCUCUGUUUGCUGCUGUAUAAAUGGUGCUCACCUGUCAGCUACAGUCACAACCAAAAUGAUUGGCACCCUUGAUAAAGAUAAAGGGUUCCAAAAGAGUUCUUGUCUCCAUAGAAGAACCCCAUUUGGUUCCAAGUAGUACCCUUUUGGGGUUCAUGUAGUACGCUAUGUGGAAAGGGUUCUACAUGGAACCAUCUGUGGAAAGGGUUCUACCUGGAACCCAAAAGGGUUCUUCAAAGGGUGUACCCUUUUAGGUCCUAGAUAGCACCUUUUUUUCUAAGAGUGUAUAAAAUAAACGGUAUACAAAUACUGAGCUAUAUUGUAUGCAAAAAAAAAGGGAAAUUAUAGUAUUUUAUACUAAUAAAUUCUUAUCAGAGAAAAAGAUAGGUAUCAAAAUUAUUAGCACCCCUGUUUUCAAUACUUUGAGCACCCUCCCCUUGCAAGAAUAACGGCACUUAGCCUUUUUAUAUAAUGUUUUAUGAGAUUGAAGAAUACAUUGGGAGGGAUCUUAGACCAUUCCUCCAUACAUAAUCUUUCCAGAUCCUUGAUAUCCUUCGGUCUGCACUUAUGGACUGCCCAACAAGGGCCCCAGGACCAGUGGAAGCAAAACAGCCCCAUAACAUCAAAGAUCCACCACCAUAUUUUACCAUAGGUAUGAGGUUAUUUUCUGCAUAUGCAUCCUUCUUUUUCGAGGCCAAACCCACCACUGGUGUGCGUGGCCAAAGAGCUCUAUUUUCAUGUCAUCUGACCAUAGCACCCGGUUCCAAUCCAAGUGACAAUGCCGUUUAGCAAACUCCAGGCGUUUACAUUUGUUGGUUGCUCUCAAUAAAGGCUUUUUUAUGGCAACCCUUCCAAAUAGCCUAUUGGCAUGGAGGUGGCGUCUAAUUCUAGAUUUGGAGACUUGGCGACCCCAGGAUGCGACCAAGUUCUGUAAUUCUCCAACUUUUCUUUGCCUCCCGAACCAUCUUUCUCACUGUGCGUGGGGACAAGAUACACAUGGGUCCUCUUCCAGGCAUGUUUACCACUGUUACAGUUGGUUUGAUCUUCUUAAUUGUUGCCCUAAUAGUGGUAAGUGGUAUGUUUGUUUUUUCAGUAGUUUUUUGGUACACAUUUGGUACAACAACCAUUUGUCUCUUUUCAUUAGCGAGUUCUUUGCCUUUCCCCAUGGUGAUGGAUGACAAAUGGAUUUUAUGGAUGACAAAUGGAUGCGUGUUACCACUUGUUUUAUCCCCCCAUUGAAACAGGAAGCCUUGAAAGGCCACAAUACAGUUCCUUAAGCAGAGAUUAACUUUUUAAAAGUUAGGGGUGCCAAUAAUUCUGACAAGUAUCUUUUUUAGAUGUUCUUUUAUGACCAAAAAAAUAUGUUUUUCUCUGAGCAAUUGUAUUAGUAUGAAAUAAUAUAAUUUCCCCAUAUUUUUUGAAUAGAAAAUAGCUCAGUAUUUAUAUUCUUUAUUUUAUACAGUCUUCUUUGCUCAUCUUUAUCAAGGGUGCCAAUAAUUUUGCUUGUGAUUGUACAGUAUGUACUCCGUUCUCACUUUGUCUCCGUUCAUCAUCAGCACAGCACCUAAUCAUUAGGUGAUCAUCAUCAUCACUGGCCCUCCACAAUCUCUCACUCCUGUACCUUUGUAUUCUACAGGGGCCUCAACAAGCAAGGCUACAAGUGCAGACGUAAGUGUACAAUAAUGUGGACAACCUACUGCUAUACAAACCCAUACACACAACAUCAUAGAUACAUGUACACAUCUAUAAACACUGUAGUUAUAAACACUCCCUCAAUGCAGAGCUGACUAUACAGCACUACUAGUGACUUUGAUAUCUGCCUGUAUGAACAGUGCUCACCUGCCAUCAAUGUACUCCAUAUCCCUUCUCUCCCAGAAUGCAAUGCAGCCAUCCACAAGAAAUGCAUCGACAAGAUCAUCGGCAGGUGUACGGGCACAGCCGCCAACAGCCGGGACACUGUGGUACGUUGGGACUACUUAUUCAUUAAUUUAUUAGGACAUUUAUUAAUUUCCUUAUUUACUUGCCCUGUGUCAAUCCAAUGUGGAGUUUUCUCCCUCUGGCAUUUUCGGUUCCAUUGAUUAAACUGGUCAGGAUGUUUUCCUCCUUUAACAAAAAAAUGAGGGUUCUUUGGAAAGAGUGAUAGUUCUAUGUGGAACCAUACUGACCCAAAUAACCCUUUGAGCCCUUCAAUGGUUCUUUGCAGUUCAAAAAAGGUAUUUACUCUUUUAGUGAUAAUUAAAAUGUAGGGGUGGCGGCUCAUUAGAAUAUUUUGUGGCGUGGCUGGCUCACAGCUCUUUUUGUGCAACUGUGAAUGAGAGUCAUUCCAGUUUAUCUAAUCUGUUUAGUUAUGCUAUUACAUGUUAUACACUGAUUAUACAGAACAUUAAGUACACCUGCUCUUUCCAUGACAUACUGUAGACUGACCAGGUGAAAGUUAUGAUCCCUUAUUGAUGUCACUUGUUAAAUCCACUUCAAUCAGUGUAGAUGAAGGGGAGAAGACAGGUUAAAGAAGGAUUUUUAAUCCUUGAGACAGUUGAGACAUAGAUUGUGUGUGUGUGUGUGUGCCAUUGUGUAUGUGUGAAUGGGCAAGACAAAAACAUGUAAGUGACUUUGAACAGGGUAUGGUAGUAGGUACCAGGCGCACCGGUUUGUGUCAAGAACUGCAACACGGCUGGGGUUUUCAUGCUCAACAUUUUCCUGUGUGUAUCAAGAAUGGUCCACCACCCAAAGGACAUCCAGCCAACUUGACACAACUGUGGGAAGCAUUGGAGUCAACAUGGGCCAGCAUCCCUUUGGAAUGCCUUCGACACCUUGUGUCUCAGUAUAUAUGACAAUGGCCAGUGACGGUGUCUUGUACAAGACUCACGUAUGGCCUUGUGUCAAUUGAGAAGUCAGUAGUUCUCAAUGAUCUCCUCAGGGACCCCAACCGUCCCAGAGCUAGCACACCCGAUUCAACUUGUUAAUAAACACAAUAAUACAACUUACAAUAUAAUAUGGCUAUUAAACCAGAAUAAAAAAUAACUCUAUGGUUCUACAAAGAACCUUUGAGUUUGAGAAAGGUUCUUUAUAGAACCAUUCUCCAUAAAGGUUCUAUAAAGAACCAUAAAAAGGGUUCUAUAUAGCACCAAAAAGGGUUGUAACCAUAGUGGAACCCUUUUUUGGUGCUAUAUGGAAACUUUUUUAAAUGGUUCUUUAUAGCAGGGUUUCCCAAACUCGGUCCUGCCCCCCCGGGUAUACGUUUUUGUUUUUUGCCCUCGCACUACACAGCUGAUUCAAAUAAUCAAAGCUUGAUGAUUAGUUAAUUAUUUGAAUCAGCUGUGUAGUGCUAAAAGCAAAAACCAAAAAGUGCACCAAGGGGGGGCCCAGGACCGAGUUUGAAAAACCCUGCUUUAUAGAACGUUAGGAAAGGGUUCUUUAUAGCACAAUACAUAUUAUAUUUAGAACCUUAAGCAUGGUUCUUUAUAGAACCUUCAAAAAAGGUUCCAUAUAGCACCAAAAAGGGUUCCGCUAUGGUUACAAGCCAAAUAACCCUUAUUUGGCACUAUAUAGAACCAUUUGUUUUUAGUGUGUAGCUGUGAUGCCAUUAGCUGUCGAAGUGUCAUAAGGUCAGAGUCCAAACUAGCAGGCAUCAAUCAGACCUACAACCAAUCGGAUGAGGUCCCCUCACAUUCCAGUCAAUAUUAAUCAAUAGAGGGGCCAAAAGAGCACAGAUAACUGAGCUUAGAGGUUACAUUCAAAAGUGAGGGAAUCUGCAUUCACUCACACAUGAGGAGUGGUGAGAAGGGGUGUGUUCUGAGUGAGAGAGGGGCUUAAACAAGGUAUUCUGUAACCUAGAGAGAGAGCAGAAGAGGAGACCAAGAGAUAGUGUGUCUGUCAGUCUGUGGCCUUCUAAGGAACCCCACUGACACAAGGGACACAAAACAAAAGGAGAGGGGGAGAGAGCAUGGAAGGAGAGAGGGAGACAGAGAGAGAGAGAGGAAGCGAGAUGGGGAUGAUGAGACAGGUGCGCAGGGCCAUGAGGUACCCUCCCAGGCGGGUGUUUUGCCCCCCCUUGGUACCGAUGGGUCUGGGUGUUGAUGAGUUGUGUGUGUGUCCAUCACAGUUCCAGAAGGAGCGUUUUAAGAUUGACAUGCCACACCGCUUCAAGAACCACAACUACAUGAGUCCCACCUUCUGUGACCACUGUGGCAGUCUGCUGUGGGGCCUGGUCAAACAGGGCCUCAAGUGUGAAGGUAGGGAGCCGUGUGUGUUGUGUCUGUGUUGUCAUUGUAUUUAACUAUACAGUAUACUGUAACUCUUUCUAUUCUCUCGUAGAUUGUGCCAUGAAUGUGCAUCAUAA